AUGAUUAACUACCUAGGCCCCCUCGUGUGUGAGUGGGAGCAGCUGGUGGCCAUGAAGAAGGAGGACGAGCUCCUUGCCCAGCCACUUUACCUAGACGACGAUGAAGCCCUCAGGUUGGGCAUCACCACGUCUGAGUUGGAGUCCUUGAGCGAGUGUCAAUGCAUGGUGAUGUGGAUAUGGCAGCAGAAGACGGACUCGUCCAAGCCCUGGAGCGGACUUGACCUCCAGGCCAGCAACGACGCUCGAGGCCUCUUGAACGCCUCCGUACUCAUCAGCAUUGGCGAAGGCUCCUCUAUUCUCUUUUUGGAGGACGCUUGGAUCGGCGGCAUGUCGGCAGCCGUCGUCGCCCCUGCGCUGCUCAAGCUUGUCCGACCCUCCAUCCAGAGGCAUCGUACGGUCAAGGAGGGCCUGCUCGCCAAUAGCUGGGCCUUGGACUUGGACAUCGCCGGCGACUUGUCGGUUGAUGCCAUUGUGGAUUACCUACGGCUAUGGCCUGCAAUCUUGGCGGUGCCCCGUGCUGAGAACGCUCAAGAGGCUCCAUACUCUUUCCGUUGA